UUUACAUUUCCUUUUCUUUUUGGUUUUGGUGGAAGGUUUUGAAGUAAAUUUUCUUUCUCGUUUCCUACAUUCGUAAGGAGGGAAAGCAUCCAAAUGAAGCUUCCGUACUGAAGGUGCGCUCCUUAACGCACCGGAAUGCGUUCACUUUUGGAUUCGGUUCUUUAAUUCCAACCUUACAAUCAUUCGGAUGGACAUUUUUGCUGCCUUAGCCAUUUGCAGAUUUGACAGAAUUUUGAAAUUCCUCCCGGGGAAACCUUAGCUACUCGUCUGGGGAACGAAAUCAGGAACUGCAAACUUACCUUUUCCCGCCCACCACUAAACUUAGUCGCAUUGCUGAAGCAUUUCUUUCACCCAUGCCCGUUCGAUCUUACCUCGGGUCACAAUGUUUUCCAUUCUUAUCUUCUCCUGCUUCACAGCUCGUGCCCAUUGUCGUUUUUUGUUGAAGUUCUUCACCUUAUCUUAUCCCUUCUCGUUCAAUAAAUUCGAAUGUGAAGUAGGAAGAAAAAAAAGACAGCAUGAAAAUAAGUCUGCUUGAAACGAAAGAAAUCCUUCUGUAACCUUAACAAAGCACGUUACCUUCUUCAAACACUAAUUCUAGAAAUGUUUUUCCCCAAGUGCAUUACUCGUAAACUGAACCGGAAGGCCUCUUGAGUUUAUUUUCUGUAACAAUACGUCCGAUUUUUCGAAUGGGCUUCUUUGUGCCUGAUUUUAAAGUUUUUCAUGUUCAUCCCGAACGAAGUUCUUGUCUGCUGCAGUUGGAUGAAGACAAUUUGAUGAUUCGUAACACCCUCCCGUGAUUCUAUGUCUUCCUAUCACAUGAAAUCAUUCGAAAGCAUCGAUAAAAUAUUAAUGCUCUUCAUUCUUAUCGGAUGCGAUACAGUUCGGUUCAAUUGAAGCACGUAAAUGAAUGAUUGGGUUGUACUGCUACUUUCAUCAUCAUGUUGCAAGAAAACGUACGUGCCGGUAAGAGAAUAUAAUAUGCGUCCUGUGUACCAGACGUAACGUACACUUUACUUCUGCAAUAAUUAUAAACAUUCCAGUACUUUGGAGGAGGAAAUUCAAGAUGGAUUAAAAUAUUCAUUGAUUUCCGCUAAAGUCUACCGUAGAGUGGUUUCGUAUACGCAUUCGCUUUACAUACGUGAGUUUACGACAAGGUGAUUGUUUGAGUUCUUGAAUGCAAGGGUAUUGUUUUCAUAAUGAUUCUCUUUUUCCCAUAACCAUCCUACGAUUACGAUGUUAUAUGUGUUGUUUAUGCAACAUACUUACCACAAAAUAAAUGGGGAGAAAACUUGUGUUUUUUUAAUAAGCAUUUCUGAUUUCAAACGAAUUUAAAGCUGUCCCGCCAAGCUUCCAAACAUUUGGCGCACAUUUUUUUAUAAGUACCGUGUUUUCUGAAUCCCAACCUCAGUUUUAGUCCAACUGGUUGAACCCGGCUACAAAUCAGACUGUCCAUGUGUCCGGCACUGUUUAUCCUUAACGGCUCAUUAAUUAUCGUUUCGGCGCUUUCCGGUGUCAUUAUCAUUUUUAUCGUGGCACAAGAAAUAGAACAAUCGGGGAGAAAAUCCUGCGUAGGCUUGAUCCAUUCCCGUAUGUCCCGUAGUCGCUUGUACCAAAGCAAAAAAAAUGACCCACAGAUUAUCUCCGUAGCGUGCCAAAAUGGCGUUCGUUAGAUUAGUGGAAGAAAAAUAUGCGUGCCCCAGAUAGUUGGCAUUAUGUAUCGGUUUUCUUUUGUUUUUUUUUUCGAUUGGGUAGGAAAGUGGAAGAAUGUAUGUGCGAAGCUUGGAACAAUCUGUUUUUUUGGAAGCACUAGUAAACCAGCAAAUGGUAUUGGCCUGGUGAGGAAAUUAAUGCCAUUGUGCAAAAAGAUUACUAUCAAACUCGUUAUGGUCUUGCUGUGAUUGUAUUUCGUAACACAAGGAACAGAAAUUAUCAUUUAUUUACAAGAACAAUGUGAUAUAAUUAUCUGUGUUUCUUUUUAUACGUUUUUCGUACAGUGGUUUAUGUAGUUUCCAUCACAAGUUUUUAAAUAAUUAUUGCUAUUUCCCUGUAUUAACGAUACAUUUUAUGAUCCACUCAAGCUUGCCGUUAGUAAAAUUUGUUUAAUCAAACCUCUAGAUGAUCUGCAAUUAAAAUUUCGACAAACACGUAUGACUUUAACAACAAUUUAUAAAAAGGGUUUUAAAAAGGAAAUAAUUUCAUUUUGCUGUGUACAACAAAAUCACUUUUAAAACAGUACGUAUUAUUGAACGUUGUAAGCUUCAUCCAUUUAGCCUUUAGGAUUUUUUCUCCAAUCCAAUGUUCUGGUUUUCUCUUCCAAUUAAUCUUAUCUGGCGAACCAAACACUUUUUAACAUGUAAAGCUUGUGCCCGUGUCCAACUCAUACAUACCGGAAAACCACAGACGAAUGUUCGUUGCACAUCCGUAGCCACACUUCGAUUCCAUUUCCGGACCACCCACUUUUCAAUCAACAAACGAGUGAAAGGACACACGAUUCACCGUCCGAGACCGCCUUGCGGUAGGGCUUUUCGAAAUUCGACCAAUUUAUUCAACCACAAAAAGAGGCAGGCAAGGAAUAGUGUAACAGAAAUAUUCGCCAUAUUUCACCCUGUUAUGAUAGGAAACCGUAUAUUUUUUACGCUUUUCAUCGGAUGCCCAAUCGGAGAACAGUUGGCCCUUUUCCUGCUAGUUUUUCUGUUCUUUUUCAAACACUCUCGUAAUACAGCGGUACACCAACUUCUGCUUAUGCUCCAAUUGCGUUCGGCUUUUUGGAUAGAUGUAUUUUUUAUAUCUCCUCCCUACUUUUCACUUGCCAAUUCGCUCGAAUCAUUCUAAAAACGGUUCCAAAAAAACAAUGAGAACACUAGCUGAGCAUAAACCGCAUAAAAAAAUAGCUAAAUUCCGGGUGAACGGUGAGCGAGUGUGACUCGCACACCGGCAAGAAAUCUAAAUAAAAUAAAAGAAACACUGCUGCACGCUUGCCAAACGAGCUGUGAAGCUGUCUUCCGCUGGGGCUAACCGACAGGAACGGGAAUGCAUUUUUUCGGUUCGCUGGACGACAAGUUCGGCGAUUGAAAUUGUCAAAAAGUGAAUGCUGGCUUACGCACAGGUUUGCGUUUUAUCAUUUAAGAGCAUUGGGAUUUAUUGGAGUUAAAAUUGUAGAUUAAAGUUUAUUUUUGCCAGUUAGUGUUUGUGGCAGCUGGAAGGAUUAUUUUAUUCUUAAAUUCUGUUCAUUCUUGAAUUGAUACGUUUCACCGAUCGUGUGACGUGAUCAUAUUAUCUUCCUUAAUCAGUUUUUAUGUUUGCAUAUAUUUUGUUUCGUUACUUUACUGCUUUUCAACACUGACCCAAGUAACAUUCAAUUACAACGAAAAUAUGCACAAAUGCAAGUAAACCUUUAGCUUUAUGCAUGCACAGCACAAUAUUUUCGCAUGAUUCCCUAUUUAAAAUCAUUGAACCAUGCGAUGCCGGGGCGUUCAUGUGUCUGCAUGCUACCUACCAACUUUUCUAUCCAGCCACACUAUUCUUCUUGAAAACAGCUGAAGCCAUAAGCCAAACAAAGUCCCCUUUUUGCUUCCACCGCGAGUUCCGUUACCAUUAUGGGAGAUCGGUGCAACGAAGAGAUUUACGCCGUUUGCGCCGAGUCAAGCGUUGUAUUGCGUGGCAUCCUCCCAUCCGGUUGCAUCCCGUGCUGUCGAAGGAACCGAAACCGAUGCAAAGCCAUCCCGGAGGCUCCGAAAUUUUUGGCACCGGAAGUCUGUGGCGCCUCUCUGCAGGAUGUGUGUGUGUGGGGGGGGGGGGGGGAUGUGUGGUUGAAUCGAAUUCAAACUUUUCCAGUUGCUCGCCGGACAAGAGCGCACAUGGAAUUCGUAUUGCCGGUGCUGCAGGCUCGUCCAUCAAAAUUUGUGGAAAGUGGAAUCGUUAAUCCGGAGCGAAACCACAACCCGUCCCGGGCUGUGAAACUGAUGCUAUUGCGCGAUCCAUAUCAUGUUGGAAGUACGAUCAAACGAACGAACAGCGUGCUUGGGAUGGUUCAUGUUGAAUACCUUCCGAAGAAGAUAAAGGGCGCAGGGGCCAGGCAAAACUUGCUUUAUUAAUUAAAAAUUUUCACCCAACCAACCACAUCCAUACACCCGGUGCAAUAGCGGAAACUCAUCGCGCAUUCGACAUUCGACAGUGAAAACCCACUUGAGCUUGAAACAAAUGAUGAUGUUCUGUCGAGUGGCUAUCGUGAAGUUUUUGAGUGAUUGCAACCUUUCGAAGUGGCUACUCGUUCGCGUGUGCUUUGUUGUGGGUUCAAUUGGCUGCACAAAUCGAGAGUGAGAUCUGCUUUCGUUAUCUUGCGUUUGAGAACGAGUUAACAGGAUUAGAUGAGUUUUGCAGAAUUAAUCAACGUCUUUGCCGUGCUAUGAUGUGAGGUUGACUGUGAUUUUCAUUGGCACGAUGCAGAGUGAAUAUUUUAUCCUAUUUUUAUUCGAAUGAAACGAAUAUUGUUUUGAUGCAUCUCCUUCAAGCUAGAUUUUUUUAACAUCAUCCUGUAUUAAAGCAAAAUAUCAUUGGGAUGUUUUAGAAAUCAAGAGAUUCAUUUAUGAAUUAUACUACUUUUUUCGUAUGUUUACAACCUUACCAUAAGAAGUAGGCGCCUCGUGCGGAUCCCCGGGAAUUGUUAGCUUAUAUUUUUGUUACUUCAUAUGUAUAGAACAUUCUUCCUACCAAAAAACUACUUUUUGGCUUGAUGAAUCUUGAUAGAUCUCGCUCAGGUUACAUACUUCGACGUGAUAAUUCCUUCAAUAUUUGCCAACCGAUUUUAUUACCCACACAACCAGAUCAUACACUAGAUUCGGAUUUCAGAAUUCAGAGGCACCGGCGUCAGGCAGCACACAGCAGGUGCUCCGUUAAACCCGGCUUGUUGGUUACACUUUGUCAAUCUGCACGAUGAAAAUGAAAGGAAAACUUUCAAUAUCUCGUCCUGUGUUUUUUUUUUCGUUCUUUUCUGUCAGCUAUAUCUGACGGUAACUCCACUUAAUAUGCAACCAUCGAACGGAAGUACAUUGGCUUUUAUCCAUCCAAGAUCCGACCUUCUACAGCUAGGAGCAGUCGAGUUUUGAUGAGUACUAGAGAAAAAACCCACACACACACACACACACACACACACACACACACACACACACACACACACACACACACACACACACACACAAUUUAACACUGGUCUUUUGGAGUGUUUGCCCAUGUUGGAUGAGACAUCGACGUCGACGACGAUGAUGAUGUUGACUUUGACGUGAAUGUUGCUCGAGCUAACUCGGGAGGGUGGCCUUGGUGACGAUACCGGGUGUCCAAAACGAUUUAACGAUUCCUAUGUACCGUUUCUGUGCGCCGAAAAAGGACAACCGAUUCCCGGUUGCUGCAGGUUCGUACACCAGAGCAAAGAGGAAAAAAUCACACUCUCUCUGAGGGAAACCCUGGUGGUUGGAAAAGGUAAAUAUUUGACAAAAUCUGCUCAUUUGCCCGGAUUGUAAGCGCAUGGAACGUAAUUUGCUGUUGUGGUUGUAAUUUCAUUUUAUUAACCCCAUGCACUGAUUGACUUGCGGUCAUCCAGUGAUGGUGCCUUCAGUUUGUGUCGCUAUUGGUGUCGAAGAAAGAACCAAAGAAUGCGAUAAGUUUGCUGAUACUUUGCACGACCGAUGUACGCACUUUCCCUGUCGGACUGGUUCGCCUUCAUUUGCUAAUUGAACUGGAUGCUCCAUUGGGGCCGGAUAAACGAAACUUUUGCUGUAUGGGAAUCAUAUUUGAAAAAGUCAUGCACAACCUUGUACAGCACUAGAUCUAAUUAUGUUUGUAUGACUGUUUUAUUGUGCACUUGCCUUACUUAACCUGUUUUGUUCUGACUUUUUCGAUCUAAGAUACAGGAAAAUUUCAGUUAAAGUAUUUUUUGUACUUUUUACAAAAUACAGCUAUGAUUUUUUUGUGGAUCCUGUAAAUAUCAGAAAACUAUCUUCACUGUGUUUGUAAACAUCGCAUGUUGUACGUUUGUACACUUGGAAUGGUUGUUUAUCAAAUAAUAUAUCAUCAGACCGAACCAGUUUGUUUGUUUCCUUUAAUAAGAUGAUUUAUCUAAGCAUAUAUGUUUUUAUCUAUAAGCAUUCCUACAUUCAACAUAACCAUAGCUCACCGGUAGCAAAUUGAAGCCGUUGGAAGCUUUUCACGCACGUUUUCACUGCAGUGUCAUUUUUCUUUUUAUUCUCACUCCGGGCGCAUUAGCGUAAACUUUCACUUUCAAACUUACCACUUACCUACCCAGACACACGAAUACAACAAAUAAAGAUUUGUCGUGCUGGAAAUCACGUAAAAAGUGGUAUGGGUUUUGUAUUUUUAAAAAGGCUAAGUAGAAGUUAUACCUACUCCUAACGUCUGGUCGAAGGUCUAUACGGAAGUGCACCCGUGCGCGCUUUAGAGCGCUGCCUGCCGUUACUGAAAAUAUUCAAAUGGAAGAAAGUGAAACAUAAACUCGGAGGGAUUAUUGGUGCAUACACUAACAUACUACAGCGUAUAGAUCCGCAACGCUUGUGGGUGCUUACUGAGCUUAAAUCUUAUUCUCACCAUUUCCCGCACGUCUGUGAAGUUAAUGUAGCGCCAUCUAACGUCUGCUUAACAUUUUUCCGAGCUGUGAACGAAGAAACUUUUAACGCUGUGCGUUUGUUCACAUACAAAUUUACGACACCGGAGGAUUACAGCGGUGUAGAACCACCGGAGUGUGAGUAUAAUUUCCCUACAAAAUAUUGGGAAGAGUAGAAUGUGCAUGGGAAAUACAAGAAAGAAACAUUGCUUCAUGCAAUUUUAAUCACCAAAACAACCCAAACAGUUCGUAGGUCGGAUUCUACAAUUUCCUGCAUAAACGUGAAACAAUAAUUUCGGGUUUUACGCUCACUUAAAGGAAGGCAGCAUCACGCUCAUGCACGCAUUAUUAUAAAACAAAUUAAAAGCGAAUAACCUCCAGGGAUGUGCAAAAGUUUUACUUUCAGCUACGGAAGUUGCAAAUCAGCCCGUAUUUUCAACGCCACAUCCGUGGAGAAAAGUUUUCCGAAUCGAAUUCCUGAACUGUUGCAGUCUCAUUUCUCACACCCUAGGAAGUUCAACCGGCUGUCGCUUGUAUGGGCUGUGGUUUUCACGGUCACAGCUGCGACACGAUGCGUUCGACAAUGCAAAUUUAACAAUCAUCUCACUGCACCUUAGCAUAAGCUUGGUUACCAGUCGCGCAGGAGUUAAGGUCGCUUCCAAUGGUACAAUUAUUAUAAUUUCCUGUGUGGCCAUAAAUUUGAAUAAAAUUUAAUUCAUAGACAAACUGAUUAUUCCAAUCAACCUUGAGAUAGAAAAUCGAGAAUGCUCUCUCGCCUCAGAAACAUUUUCUGCUUGUGCAUACUCAAAUGUAAUUGUUACUCAUGUAGAAACAUGUUUUACUAAAUAUUAAUGGGAUAGCGCAAGGAUUAAUCAAUCAAACAGUUAAGAUACGAUAUACAUUAGAUGUUUUAAUUAGAUAUUGUAGAUCUGUUCAGAUUUUUAAGAUAAUUUAAUUUAAAUAUAUUCUAUCAUCAGACGUGAAAUUUAUAAUCCCUUAAACUGGCCAAUUGUAUUGUUGUGGGUAAUAAAUAAUUCCUCUUCUUCAAAUGAGGUUGCUUUAAGUUGAAAACCCGUUCAACACGCUUAUAAACCGUCUGAAUUUCUAUCAACAAUUUAAACAAAUUAUCAACCAUCACACACGAUAUAAGAAACUUUCAUCAGCUGCCACCAGUUAGUGUCGUUCCUGUUACUCUGGUGGUAAGAAAAAUCUUCCAACCAGCUGGCCGAACGCUAUGAAUAAUCAUUUAUUAAUUAUCACACGGUAAAGUUUCGGUAAACUGGCCCUCGCGGUACCACAUCCGGUCUGUAUGCUAUUCGUGCAUGCCCGAAUACUUGACGGUGCUUGGUUGAGAUUUUAUGAAAAUUCUUUCCUUCCUAACUCUGUUGCAAACGUUAGCAGCGAUGCAUUCGCCAACUUUGCAUGUCGACGUUGUGUUACUGAUUUUCGGAUAAAUGCCUGUACUCUAGGCAUGUAAUGGAACGGCUGAACCAGUGUAUACAGACUUUUCAAACGUACGGGCAUGGUGUGAUUUUUGUCCAGUAGCAAGGGACACAUUUUUAGACGUCCGUUCUCAAAGUGUCACCGGGACGGAGAAAAUCUUUGUCUCCACCACCGGCAGGUUGCAUUACACUGGGGAGCCCGUCGAAUGUAUACUGCCCGUAGCAUAACUUGGCCUUUUGCUACUCAGAAAACACAACCUUAUAAAGUUCAGAACAGAAGCAACCGAAUCCAUCGUGGUCGGUUGGUUCGUUGGCUCGUUUUUGGCCAGUUUUUGGAGCCCGCAUAAGCUAGCUGAGCUUUGUUGUUUGCUAGUGGUAUCAGCACACUACCACCGAACGAUCCCUCUGGACAUCAGGUUUUCACCUGGCACUUUGGAACCGCUUUCCGUACCAUAAUGGAAGCCAGCUUUUUCUACCUCCUCAAGUCGCCGACGGCUUUCAAAAUGCUCCUGUUUGAGUUCACUCACUUACGUUGAGUUUGUAAUUAAAUUAGCCGAAAUGUUAAUUUUCCCUUCAGUUAGUAGCACUACGGUAGGAAAGCAGGCCUUCGAAGCCUUCACAUUUCCGACAGGCUGUGAGCAAAAGUUUGUCGAAAAACUUUGCAUCCCAACGUGGCCGUCUCAGCUCACUACAGGCGCUAUGUAUGCUACUUUCAGUGCUUUUAGUCAAAUUGAUCUUUUAUGCUUUUUCGGCUGCGCUCUUCCACUCACUGAAGUCCGGGAAUGACUUUUGCAGCAUCGUACAUUACACGAUCGUAAAGGUAUAUACAAGCUCGCAGUCGGGUCCAAGUACUGUACUGAACAUUUGCCAAACAGUCUAAAACUAUGCCAACCUACCUUUAUCGGGCAGAACUGUUCGAAGGUAAAUUUGAAGUACACUUAGCUGUCAUUGUGCCCGUUGAUACUACUAUCCAUUACAAUGGGGUGCUGGAAUCUGUUUUGCGAAAGUAUCCAUCAGUAAAUUGGUAGCCUUUGCUUGCCUUUGCCAAACACGAUACUGGUAAAAAAGGUGAAUCCAGUCCUGAUACGUUCCCGAACGAAAAACUGGCUAAUGAGUAUAAGGUUAAUUAGACAAAGUUCGAUUGCUUCGUAAAAAACAGGUUUUACCAAAAGUUUCAAAUGGUUUGCAGUAUGCUUGUACUAUAGAAUAAUAUUUUAGUAUUACAACUGACAUUAAGAGACGAAUAAGUAACAGUGAUGCAAAUAUUUUUAAACAAUCUUUUUUUAAGGGUAGGAGUUGUCGCUACUUAACUUCUUUCGAUUUUACCGGACUAUCGAUCUACAAAUCUUUGAAGAGGGUUCAACAAGCUAAUUGAAAGGGAAAGUUUUGGAAAGUAAAUUAAAUAGAAAAAAGAAGAAAAGGUUUUUCAUAUUAUUGCUGUUAACACGAACCACCAUCACCUCAUAUCAUCAUUAGUAAUGCUUUAGAUAUUUAUGAAACCAUGUUUUACAUGCGUUUGACUAAAGAUACAGAGCUUAUAGAAAUUAAGGACACGCAUUCACGUUGAUAUCUGAAAUUACAAACGUAAUCACAAACUGAGAAUACACUACAGAAUAUUGUACGCAAGGUUACGCCAGCUUCCAUUGAAGUUAUGAAGAAGAAAAUUUAAUAGUGGCAUUUCUAUAACCGCUGCUCUGAAGCAUUCAUUCUCUCUAACAUUCAUUCAACGUUUUCCCAAUCCAGCUUUGUCCCACUUUUAUAUGUCACCUCUCUCCCAAGAUUAUGUACUGCACUAAAUGAUGAUGAGUCUGCCAUUCUUCUUUCCAUGUUCCGUUCCGAUGUUUUACCCAUGUUGCUUUCACACAAAAAAAAACAACAAGUACAAAUGUUUCGCCGAAAUUACUGAGGCGUGAAAAACUUGCUCUUUCGCGGGUGCCUUACGAUGUCGGCCGCUUCUGUCUGCGUUAAUAUGCAAAAGUUUUUUAAUUAUCUCAUUUUAAGUAUGCUAAUACUCGUAGCCCUUCCCCACAGUCUUGAACUGACAGGUUUCAUUUCCACACAAGGGUUGUGUGUAUUCCGCUCCCCUUUCAAUGCUAAAGCUGCUAUUUUGUUUCACUUCACGCCGUAGUCCUGUUUUUUCUGGUCUAUGUUUGUUUUAUUUUCGCAACCAAGAGAGAGUAAAAUAAACGAGUCCAACACGUUUUGCUCGUGAAGUGUAACCUUAACGAACCAAAGACUCUUUUCUUGUCGAACAGCGUGCAUACAGCACACCGCAAUGAAUAUGCUUGUUCAUCACGUUCAGCCAGCGAGUAAAUUGGCUGCCGGAAGAGACUGAAAAUGAGGCUUAGCUUUGAGAUGCUGGGGUUCACAUUAUCUUGUCAUCGGGCGUAGGUGGCUUUGGAAUGGAAAUGUUUCUAAAAAUCUUACACCAAAUAUUAUAAAAAAUAAAACCUUUGGUAUAAAGCAUUAAUUUGUGCUAACAUUUACCAUGCGUCUGUAACGUAGUUUUACAAAUUGAUGAAUGCUAGUUUAAACUAAAAUCUACCAAAACAAAAUAUAUUUUCUCCACAAAGAAACCAUCCAAUUACCAAAAGUUGUUGUCUGAUUUUGCUUUAAAACUUAUCGAAAUCAUACGUCCCCUGCGCUUUACAAGAUUGCAUAGCAAUAUGGUGAAAUCAACGGCUCCAAUCAGACAAAGUGACACAGAAAUCGUAUUAAACUUCUGCAUUGUAAUAACAUCGUUGACAGAUUUUCGGCUCCAUUCGCUGGUUUCCGUAUUGAAUUGUCCGUUUUUCGUUUUUUGUUAUUUAUCGAUUCGAUGAAAAACUCGCGACAAGCUUUAUGAUUACUCGUGGUGAAUUUUUGUGUGAUGUUAGUUUUCGCCUGUUACCAAUGUGUCUGCCGCUUGUGGCCCCCAUGAUCUGGUCGUAUUCCCUCGUUGGUUAAGUUUUAUUUUUUUCUCGCAUUCACACUUUUAAACCGGACACUACGCCAGGACAUGGCAAGCAGUAAGAACAUUGGAAAAAGAUGAAUAAAUAAAUAACACCGCACACAUCCCAAAUAGUACAAAAAAUGCCUACCAACCGAUUGCACGAAAGAUACAAAAAAGGUAGGCUCUUUUUGAAUGUCUGUUUUCGUUGUUCAAUUUGCUACGCAUCGAGCGCAGUGAAAAGCGCGUCAUCUACUUCCAGAGUUGUGUUGGCAUGCAAAUGCACCGGAGUUUUAUUGUUGUUGAAGGCUAUUUUUAUUUGACAAUUUAUGAUAGUAUUUUUGUUCACAGAAAUAUACUAUUUUUUUGCUCAUUGUGCAUACGAAUCCCAGUGUUUGGCCGCACGGUUUGCUAUGACGAUGGUGAUCAAAUGGUUAUGUCCGAAUGGGAAAUCGGAACCGCUCGGAACAGUGCUUGGAAUGAAAGGAAAACAAUUCCCCAAGCUGGACAAAUUAUAACGUUGUCAACAUGGCACCAUCGGGCAAGCUGGAUGCAAAUAAUGUGUUUUCCUGUCUUUUCCCUUUAAUCCUGGUCGGUUCCAUAUUUGUCACGCGAUAUAAUUCACACGACAUUAUCAUUCAACUCCUUAAUUUAAGCUAUGUUAUAAGUAAAAUAUUGCCAAAAAAAUAAUCUUAGAUCAUGAUUUUUUCUUGACCGAAUUUAUGCCUCGACGGAGUUGUUUGUAAAAAGACCAAAAAAAUCUUUGCAAUCAUCAAAGCUCUUGUCCAUGCCAAUGGAAAAGUUUUUUUGGCUUCCCUUUUCUUUUGCUAGCAUAGAAGCUCACCCGAAUAUCCCUGCGCUAAAUAUACGCCCGAACGUUUAUCUUGUUUCAUACUUUCGUCAAGAUUUUUUUCUAUGCUCCUUUUUAUCAUCUCCGCAGACUGUGCAACGGUUAGCUGUUCUUAAGCUGUUUAAAGCCGAUCUCGUACCUUCAUCGCUCAUCGUUGUGCAUUAUUUUCUUCCACAUUUUUUCCUCUACUAUAUGAAAUAUUGCCAAAGGGCAAACAUUAAUUGAAAGUUUUUCAUCGACUCUCAUUCCCGGGGGCAAGUUGGAGCAAUAAUUUUGCCCAAGCGCUUCGCACGACGAGAUGUUUCUAACAGAUUUUGUUUCCCCAGUUCGGUAUACUUUUUAUUUUUGUGCAUUUUUCGCUCAUUUUUCCUUCAUUCCGCGUGUCUUUGAUGGUUUGCUAGAUAUUCUUAGGGAAACACUUUCACAACAGCAUCUACAAAAAUCCCGGAUGGAUCAAAUCACCCACAGGCUUAUAUUGUGCUUAUGCUGAAGUUCCUAGAGACUAUCGACGAUCGUUACAUGCGAUGCUACUUAAGAGGUGUACAAAAACUUUUCGCAAAGAAAAAAAAGCGGAAACAGAAAGUAUGCCAACAACGCCGACAGAAGUGCUCCAAGGGUUUUAGUUCGAUAUAUUCAUUAUUUUCUUUAUUUACUUUCUUGAAAAUUGUACCAAGAUCGUCGAAUGAAAGUCUUUGCCGUAACAUAAGAUAAGUUUUUUUUUAACAUUUUGUAUUUAACAAAACACCACGAUAUCAGUACAAACUCCGUAACUAUAUCGAGUAUUUAAUUAUUCAAAUAUGGCCAUAUUAUUCAAAAUAUGGGUUGCCGAUACACUGUUGCUUUAUUCAUGCCAAGAAACAUCCCAGAUGGAGUUGUGCUCGUUCUCCAUUUCCACGAAAACUAAUCCUAAAAAGCAACGCUUCGUCAUUACAUUUACGGAAAUGCUUGAUUACAGCUCGUUCCUUACAAUACCGCUAGCAGCAUGGUUUCCAAAACAUUACCGUUACGAAUGCCGCACCAUUCCACUGUACUAUCACACAUGAGGGCAAUUUAAAUAAAUUUACUUCUUUGAUCGCUGCUCGAAUGUUCUCCGGCACGCAAAAUUGUGCAAAACCCGGUUACACUCGCGAAUCCCAUUUUAAGCUACAUGCUGCCAACACACAAGUGAAACAAUUCGUGCAAACAUCAUCGCCACGCUGGUCCAUCCGCUAGCUCGGUUGUUAUUUUGUUGAUCUACUCCGAUGAUAUUUAGCACACGGCAGAUAAAUUGCUCCAUUUCACUUCGCUUUCGCACGAAGCGAUGCAGGCAAAUUCCGCCACACGAACCAUGAAAGGCCCCCGGGCGCAGGAAGGAAAAAACAAUUGCACUUGUACUGUGGUGCAUUUGUUUAUUGUGCGCUUCGGAAUAGCAACACGAAACGCGAUUCCUUACCAUGUAGAAGAGUGUACGGCCAUAAUGAAGAUUCGGGCGCAUCCAUCUUUGUCUCGUUUUGCAGCCAUUUCCGUGCGGCGAUGGGCGAAUGCUCACGGGUACGUUCCCGGUGCUGAUCAAGCUUUCCACUGCUCACACGCUUAUGCGUACGACGAUGUGUAACAUAAUGUUGCAGCAUAAAUUGUGCCUUCUAGGCAGGGCAUCGUGCACACAAACACCCAAUUUCGGAUGGCGAUUCUUCGCUUGGAAGCGUCCAAGCGUUGAAUAAAUCUCGACGCCAGCAUUCGUGCGAUGGCCAAGUGCGGCAAAUUUCCUGACCUGGAUGCUGUUACAGAGAAAUAUUGUUUCCAUUUCCCGCCGGAGAUAUCCGUUUGCCAUUUUACACUGAUUUCUGGCUGAGGCAUUUUUCGAAUAAAGCAAAGAUGGCCAAGACCAAUUGAAUUCGGCUAAGAAUCGUAUCAACAAUCACUGCAGGAGACCGAUUCGUUAUGGUUUAACGGACUUUGAACUUCUAGCCGUACAACAUUUCAAACCGUUUCCGUUUAGAUUGCUUAUAUGGUACCGUAAACAUUAGAUUUCAACCAAUUCAUAGCGUUUUUUUAGAAUAACAAACUCUAUUCCGAAAUUCUAUCAUGAUAGUAAUUUAUAUUUUUUUAGAUUUUGAUAUGCCCGCACGCUGUACACUCUCAAUUCAGAGUACAUUAUCCAAAAACCUUUCAGAAACUUUACAAUUUAGUUUAAUUAUUUUCCUAAAAAUUUGUAUCAAAAAGAUUACAAAAUUUUUCAAUAUAAUCCGUUUAUAAUCAAUUACACUAAAUCGGUUGAUUGGUAAAAUAAUUCCUAACGGGUUUUCACUCAAAUGCAAAUUGUACGCACCAUUCGUCUGAUUUGAAACUACAUUUCCAUCGUACUGGAUCAAACUCUCGGUUUUCUUGCAGUACCUCUGUGUUCCGUUGAACGAAAUGGAAUGAAAUGUAAACAGAACAUAAAAUAAUGAUAAGACAUCAACAACACGAUUAGCUUCUUCGAAGGCGUCUAUGCUUUUACCGACAAUGAGAACGAAUCGCACAGUCUGAUGAUGACGACGUCUCGUUCGUGAAGUCUUAACGCCGGUCUCAGGCUCUUCCGGGUUAAGGCGUGUUUGUCAAAGUGUUUCCAUGUUUACACGAACGCCAGGAUCUUAUGACCGUGUGUCCAACAUCAUCAUCUCAGCUCAUCAUUGGCACCGACAAUUGCAUUCUCAUUCCGCUGACAUGCUGCUGCGCAGAACAAUGACUGCAAUAUCAUUGGAUAUCGUUGCAUUUUGGAGACGGUUUGGAGUGUUUACCUUGUGCCUGCUUUUGCAUUGUACACGUACAAACAUUGAAUUCGUCAAUUCCGUUACGCUUCGUGUCUGUUAUUUCUCUUCCAUUGUCGGUCGGUGUAAUUUGUCACGCUCCUUACUGUUUCCGGAUUGUAUGCAUACAUACAAAUUUUCUCUUUCUCAAAGCAUGCUACAGCUUGGUAUAAUUGGAAUCUGCUUUAUUGAAAUCACAUUUUCAAACACUCUCUUUAACGACUAUUACCAUAGGCAAUAACUAACCUGCAAAAUACCCAUCCAUUAACUGAUCACAAAAAGCGUUUCAGCCGGUUUUCUGCACGGAUACGUGGGCUCGUGAUAAAGUUUAGCAGUCGCUUCAAUCAUAAAACUGUCAUAACGUCUCACGGGAGGAUUCCACUGGGAUGCUUUAUGUAGGUCAUUCUAAUAAUUUACUGCCUGAACUUUUAACGAGUAACACCGUUUAGUGGUAACUCUACAUCCGACAAGAACAUGAUCAUAACAGACAAGCACACAAAGGUUAUUGUCCAAAAAAAGAAAUCACCUUGGACACGGUUGCUCUUUUUCCUUUUGAUAUCCCGGACAACCGAGAACCAAUAUGAGUUUUAUCGUUUUCCAUUGAGAUGCCAUUAUUUGCUGCUCACCAAUCAGGUUCACGUGAAGACGAAUUCUAUUGUAACAUUGCAGUCUGGAUCAUGUUUUUCACACAAACAUAUACCAAUUACGACUCAAUCCCUUGGCCGCCAAGCAUGAGUUAAUAUAGGAACCGUCGAAUAUUGCUAAACCUAAUGGUUUGCGAUGGAACAUUUGCGAUGGUUAGUGAUGACGAACGUGUCUCCGGGGACCCCAUAAAUGCAAGCAAAUGGACAGCUUUUAUGAUGCGAUGGAUUGCAUAAGGUUUAAUGGGAUCGAGACAAAUAUUACGAGGGUUUUAGAGCGAACGUGAAGUGUAUAUUACGUUUUCCACAAAGUAUUCUAGUUUUAUCACCCGAUUACGGGCUUAAACUUAUUUAUUCGUUAAGUUAAAGUUUUAGACUGAAUAAAUAUUAUUAAGAUUUUAUUUAAACUUUUAAAAUAAUCCUAUUAAAAUAAUCAGGAAGAUUGAAAGAUCUGUUUCAAAAUUUCAUACAGUUGAAUAUUUCAAAAAUAUAUUUCAACGUAAAGUGAACACGCAAUAGUUACAGAAAAGAAGGCUAGGCUUUGAAAUAUGUUCACUGAUUCUUGCAACAAUAAAGUACAGUCGAAGUAUUCAUCAUCUUCUAACAACAACAACGGAACGGCAAAGUGAAACGUAAAAUGCAUUAGAGUUUUUAUUUGCAUAUCGUUAUCAUCUACCCAUCCCUUAAGGCACACCCAUCAGCAAAUAAGUAUAUCAAACUGGGAAUGCAAUCAAUAAUUAAAAUAGCUCAUAAAUCACAAGAGGUCACCAAACACGCAGACCGCUUCCUAGCCAGUGCAUCUCAAGCACUCGUAAUUCCUUGGUCCACUCCUUCUACAGUUCAAUCAGUCGUUCGAGUCGUUCACUAACGAUACCACAUUGGAAUUGGCAGCCGAUAUCAAUAUCGAACGAUGACAAAACCGUGUCCGCUUGUCUAAAGACAAUUUUCCCCGGGAAAGCCCAUUUAUUUGUCCUGUGCCCUUUCCUGUGUGUGGGUGUGUGUUUGAUGGGAGUGUGGAGGUGGGUGGUUAGUAUGCCUGCAUCGGAUGGGAAAGGUAAACGCAGCAGCUGAAAGGGAGGCCACAACAUUUGUGUCAGCAACUUGUACGUCUGGCGAAAACCAAUCAGGCAUUACGUCAAAACUCUUCCGAUGCAGGCUGCGAAGGUUCCAUUAACUGUGUCUCCAGACCAGCAAACCGAACACACUGCCACGGGCAACAAAUCGUCCUGCCGUGGCGCGGUGACGCUUUACAUUAUUGCUUUACCGCAACAAAACAGCCACGGUAACAACAAUUAACGGCCGUGCAUUCAUAUAAAUCUUCAUACAACUUCACAAGCGCGGAAAGCAAAACUGUUACAAGCCGGAGUCCUUACUGUUCCGGAACAAAGGGUUUGCUCCACGUUCCGUUGCGCGGAAGCGAUGUCUGAAAUGGUACGGGAAACAAAUUACACCUAACUAACCGGGAGUGCCGGGCAACUAUAUCCCGCGGUUUUACCCAUGCCCGGGCCAUGGAAGGUGGCAAAAGGUGAAGAAAUCUUACAACAGGUAACGAAACCGUUUAUGGUGAGAAGGGAGCAGAAAAUGAGCUCGCUUUGGGAGUGUUUGAUCAUAAUUGAUUGAAAUACAGCUGACAGCGUUCCAUAGGAGAUGUAGGGUGGUUGUAUGAUAAAGGCUUUUGUGUCAUGUAACAAGCAAACUUCCAAAAGUCAAAGGUUUGAGAAUGUGUGUUGUAAGUGUUCUUGUAAGGUUAGGCUUGUAAAUGAAGAAAUUAUUUUCGGUCACCAUUGAAAUACAGUUCUUUGAUCUUAAUUUUUUUGAUGAAUUACAGCUGAGUUACGUGUUUAGUGUGAAAAUUUUGUAUUAAGCCUAGGAAAAACAUUUAAUAUGAAGCUAUGUAUAUUGAAAGGAAACUAAGGUUUAACGCUUUGAAAUUCCCUCUUUAGAGUUGUGCUCUAGGUAGACAUUUUAUUUUAUAUUACGCAUGAAUCGACGGAGUAUGCUCAGAAUAUACGAAGAAGUUUGACGAACGGAAUAUUACUCAUCCAAUGUGAAAUAUUUCAUGAUUGUUCUUCAGGUCAAUGUCAAUUUCAAUGUCUGUUCUUCAUAGAUAUAAGAAAAACACAAUGAUUGCAGAUAAUUUUCACUUCGAUGUAGAUUUACACGGCUGGAAUGCUGCAGGGAAAUUUAGCAUCGAUUAGUUUUAAAGUGCAAAUUGAAUGUUGUGCAAUAAAGCACCUUUCUUAAACGUUCACAAUAUAUUUUUCCUACCCAAUCAUGAUUUAUUCAUAACUUUAUCCGUUUAGCCGUUUAUUUUGUUGACGUUAAACGAGCAAUCGCUACAAUGCUAGGGCGUACAGCACGGAGAAGCCACUUUCACAGCAAAUUUAUGAUCCUUCUCCUUUUUCUCCUGAUGUACUAAUACUAGAUAUUUGGGCAUCUUCUCUCAAACUUCCAACGAAUAAGAAUAGGUGAAAUGCCAAGCACGCACUCGCAUAAAACACAACCAGCAGGAAAGACGAAUAGAAGAAUCAGUAAACCGGGGGCUUGGGAAAACUACUAAUGUUUUAUUAAUUCGCGUUUGCCCGUCGCCCUGAAAUGGCUUCCCGUCGUAAAAUGGAACUUUUUAUCACGCUUGAAUGGCGCACCUCAUCGACAUCAACCCCCUUUGUUCACUGUCAGCUACUCUUGGCAAGACCACUACGGAAAGAACAAUAGUGUCUUACCACUGUGCGUACAGUUUGAUAUUUCAUCGCUUUUUGUUUCUUAUCGUCGUUUUCAUGUUGAAUUCCACUAGAAAGCGACACGGAAACAUAAGGACAUUCUAAGGCAGUUGAAGAGCUGAAUGAACCCCAGCAAAAUAUGACAAUUCUUUCAGCAAUUUUAUUUCACUCGCUACUCUGAACUGCACACUUUAUCCCUGUUUGAAAAGUUGGAUGGCUGAAAUUUUCCACAUUAUUGCAGCCCAUUAUCGUCCAGCAGCGUCGUCCUUCCGGUUAUCUUUCAUUCUUCUUUUUUGAUAGACCAUCUUGUGUACAUUCAAGUUUUUUGCCUACAACUGGAAAAGAACUUAAAAAAGAUACAAAAUGCUCACUUUUUACUUCACUUUGAUGAAAGUGAAACAAUUGUUGAGGCUAUCCAACCACAAUAACCAACAGUACAUUUCCGAAACUCAUCCACUGCUACAAUUCGCCCAGUUAAAGACUUCCGAAACGAGCAAUGGGAAAAGAUCACCCAGUUUGCAAAAUGUUCUGCCCCUGCAUAUCAAAUGGCCGGAAACCACAACCGUAACCCUAGGGUUGGACAUCGAAGACGAUACGAAAUUGAAGAAACUCCUUGCGCCAGAAUUCCCUCUAAGUCAAACGGAUCCUAUACACCAUUUUCUUGUUCCUUAGUGACUCCCAGAGGAAACAUUGUCUUGGUGAGGUAAAGAAUACCAAAAACCGCUCCAGUCCGAACACCUUCACUACGAACUAGAUUAUCUUUCCACGUGGAAUGAUAGAAAAACGACCGCGUGAAGAUAGCCCGAGUAAUUCUGUUUCACCCUACGCUUGCAUUGCCACAAAUGCGAACACUGGAUAGCAAAUGGAUGUUGGUGGUCCUCGACAAGCGAGGCUGAAUUUAAAUCGUCUUUUACGCUGGACUACCAGCAUGAAAUGUGGAAUGGCAAUAAUGGACCCGAGCAUACUACUUCCUCAGGGCCCGAUUCUGUUCGCUCUUAGAGUAGUAUCGCUACCAGUGUCGUUCCAGUGUAAACACUAACUACCCGCUCGGUUGCUGGGGAAAGCUAAACGAUUCCCGACUUGCCAUUGGACGUCUUGAAUGAUUUGCGCUUCGGUACCGCUAGUUAAAUCUGUUCCCUUGGUUCGGUUCUUUCCACCAUCUUCGGUAGACUGGAAUCGAUUACGACCCAAUACCAAAGGUAAUGCCAUCGCUUAGCAAGGCUGCUCUUUAAUCUUCAUAAAUCACCAAACCAAACCACGGUGGUUUUGGAUGCCUUUCUUUUCUACGGAAGUAUUUUCUGAUCUUUCCUAUUUUCCACUUUCCGGUUUCACGCCCCGUAUCGUUUCUGGAUUGUGGAGGUGUAUUUCAUUUCACUUGCAAUUCCUUUGAUGACAUCCGGAGACGCGAUAGAGCACCUUGGUUGCUUACCGGGGCAAAUGUGUAGUGACGGAUUAAGGAAAGUGCCAUUACAUACGCCCGCCCGAAUCAAAUAACGGAUGGGUAAAGAAUGAAGUAAUCUUGCAACGGGAAGCCGAUGGCGUUUAACUUCGUUUGCGUGAAAAAUUAUGGAUCAAUAACAAAGCGGCUUAUUUUAUGUAGAGAAAUAUGUUACGUUCGUUUGAAGUGUUAGAAAAAUCCUUAUCUUGUUUUUAUGAAAAUCAACACUGUCAGUCACACACGUCACACAAGACUUUCAGUGAAUUACAAUAUUAUGUAUGCGUUGGAAAAGUUUCCAACAGCUUUCGACCAACUCGAAAAUAUUAUGCCACACUUAUGCGGCCAUAUGCCAUACAGUGAAAUUGUCCCCUUUUUUGCAAAAUUGUUAAUAUUAAUGAGUGCAUCAUAAGUGCAAAUAAUUAUUUACAUAACCCAUGUUGCAUGUUGUAUUUCUACUCGGAAACUAACAGUUCAAAUCACAACAAUGCGCAGUACUGCUACUAUCAACAAAAUAGAUUUGCUAAACAAAGCUUACGAUCCUUUUUUGUUGAUGCAUAUGCUAACCUGCUUCUAGCUUUAUGCUUUUAUGAAUUGAUUUUCCACACCACAGCACGUUCAUAAAGCAGGAUGCUUAAGUGAGCUGGUAAGUGCUUUUAAUACGGAAUGAUAAAAUUGUUUUCCCAUCAAGCACAUCGUGUGUCCCGUUCUUGUCCAAGCAAGGAUGCAGAAGGGUACAGUGCAGUAGAAAGGAAUAUUUGUUAAACUAUAAACAAUGCAGACACAUUCUUUCUCUUAUGUUGGGGUUGACUUCAUUGUUUCAAAAAUGCAACACAACGCAAUCGAUGCACCGGAACGCAUGGAUGCUUCUAGCUGACGGUGCACACAAAAACCCACCACACUGAUGGAUGUUGAAAAGCAUUACUUCAACUUUUUAAGGCUGUGACUCUUGCUGUGUACGGUUAACGUGUACACGAAACGUUGCCGGGAACGAUGCACUAACCGAAACGGUCAGCACUUUUGCAUACCCUCAGAACAUUGUUCGCGCUGCGGUAGGACAUAAACAGCUUUACGAGACUCUUGGACCAUCCCUUGCCCACUAACACUUCAAUGUCCAGCACGUUUGAUGUCGGUUGCAGUGUGCUCGAGCGGGCACAUACCCAGCAAGCAGAGAAGCCAAUUUCAAUUGAUCCAUAAUCAAGGGCUCCAAGGCAUGAAGGUGGUGCGCACUGUUGGUGGCGUGAAUCACCAACUUUACUCGUAGAACGAAUGGAGCGAAAUUUAUGAUGCAUCCGGAUUGGGUCGUUUGCUGAUGAAUAACAUCAUAGUAACGGGCGCAGAACACGAUGAGAUACUGGUCGUUUAGCUUACCAUCCCCAUGGCAGUGAACGUUUGUGGAAGGGAUUACAUCAGCUCAGCCACACGUGGAGCAGGGAACGUCGCCAAAGGUAGACAUUGGCUUUGUAAUCAAAUCUGAUCAUUGUUGCAAGUAGUUGGAGAAUGUCAAAGUGUUCAUAAUUCCAUUGAUAACCAGCAUGAUCUAAUGUUCAGAGUGUUAAGGAUGGAUUAUUCCUUUUCUUAGUAUCUUUCAGUUUUGUUGUUGUUUUUUUAUUUAUUUUAUUUUUUAAGAAACGCUAAGUUUCGGAUAUUGCAAGUUAUCCUCUAGGAAAGACAUAAGGAAAAUAAUUAUAUUUUUUGACAAAAAUUUAAAGUUUAUCUUCUUUAAACCGAGCAAGAGACUAUCUUGCUCAUAUUAAAAAUUUCAUUACGAUUUCUUACACACUGCUUCAAAAAAAUUUGUUACAAGCCAGUGUUUAAUUUCCUUUUUUUAAAUAAAUUUAUUUAAAAGUCCCCAAAAUAGUAAAGUAAAAACAACUUCUGCAACCGCUUGAAACAAUUCAAUAAGAUCAUCUUGCAACAAAUUAGCAAAUGACGUAUGCUUUAUUGACACAAUGCUUUAUUUAUACCUUUGGACAUUCUUGAGGAAUAUCUGCUUGUUUUGCACAACGCGCAACCAUUCACGAUCUACUAAUUAGCAAAGUUUGGCCCAUAUCCCUGAAUAUUUUUGUUUUGCUUAGAAUUCAGUGGAAUUGCUCACAACGUAUCCGUUAGAAUCAGUCUGCUAAUUAGGCAAAAAUAACACCGAAGGUUGAUCGAGCAAAAUUUAUAUAAAAAUGAAACACAUUGUUCUCACAACAAACAUUCAUAAAGAGUGAAUCUAUCCUCGAUGUUAAAUGGUCAACAAAAUCUUCCUGAAAUGGGUGUAUUUUCUGUUCUGGUAAAUAUUUUUUCUACUCAAAGUCAAUUUUUUGACAUUUCUAUAACAGCAACUUAAUUGAUUUUAUUUUAGCUUGUCACAAGCUUUUGGGCAUGCUCAAAAGCUAUGCCAUUCGACAUAAAUAGUCCAGAUGCUGAAUCAUACCAAGCCAUUCAGAAUGAGGAAAGUAAGAGACCCUAUAAUCAUUUCUGGUAACAGAAAGCACUAUACAUAAAUCUGGACUACUAUACUUUGCAGAUCAGUUUAAAUAUGGCUACCAAGUGCGGAAUCUAAAUGAUCAGUUCCAGCACAAGUACAAGAGUUCGGACAAUGUAACGUACGGGUGCUACGGAUUCACCCACCCCGCUGAUGGUGGCAUGCAAAGAAUCUUCUACAUUGCCGAUCAAUUUGGCUACCGAACCGUUUUAAUUGGACAGCAAACCACCAUCUAUCCAGCUCCUGGAACAAGCCCUGUUCUGAAAGAAUGGCAGGAACUUCCAUUCCCAGCUGCUUGUUUAAACCGUGAUGCUGGCAAUUCCCAGAUUAUUGCUGAAUCGACAAACAAUCCGAUUCAGCCUUCGUUUGAUGAUAGUCGGAGUAGUUUGAUGUCUGCUUCCAGUGAUGUCAAAUCCAUAGUUAUACCUUAUAGUCAUUCUAAGACCGAUAUACACAUUCCUGUUAGCUCAGAUAUUAAUCCACUAACAGAGCCAUUCCGUCUAAGUAGCAGUUCCAGUGAAUGCUGGCGUUCUUUUGCUGGUGAUAGUACGACGUCUUUUAUGAAAACCGUGCAGUGUGCGUCAAAUGAUAAAUCAAAAAUAGUUACUCUUUUCUUUCCAUUUCGUAUAGCUUGUACUGAUAUGGAAGAAUUUGAGAAGGAGCUCAGGUUGCUUGUAAGCAAAUUUGACAAUUUGUUGUGAUGUUUAUUUGUAAGAUAUUUAGCAAAUAUAUCAUUACUCUUAUGUAGACUAGUGUUUAAAGCCAGUCGUUCAUAGAUUUUCAAUAUCAAAUCCGUCAAUGCUUCCGCUUGCGAGUCACAAUCAUUGAUCAUAUGUGUAAGAUUGCUUGACUUUCAUUAUGAUCCUCCAACAUUAAGCUAUGUAUAAAACGCCUUCAAAUUACUGUUUUACCCAUCACUGUCCCAAAUAAACCUCGCGAUAAAUGACAGUCAACAGGAAUCGAAACCGCAACAAAUGCAACAGUUAAAUUGCAAAGUCAACAGCUCAAUGCAAACCGACGACAUUCUUUGGAGAUCGUCCUUCAACAAUCGGUGCUAACCGUUUCCCCAUACUGUUCCACGACAAAACACUCAAACGCACCGUACGCUUAGAUCCGGUUCAGAAAUUAGAUCAAUCCGAACUGACUCAAGAAUAUCAAAUUCGUGUGAGGAGAAGCGUCCAAAAAUCCCUCCAAAAGAUCAAACAGUACAGCCUCCCUCCCAUCCAACUUUAUCAAACACUUGAAACACGCUUCGCUCAAGGAAAGGGACACAAGCAUGCCAAAAAUUGCGUAAAUAUUGAUUCAUCUCGUACCCGGUUUAAGCGACGAUGGUCCAUAGCUUCGGAAGCUUUAAAAUCAUCUUCAAAUCAAGCUGGUCAUCCCAGUAUAUCCAAGACCGUCGGACGUGCACCACUAACACGAAAAGUCUGACCUUCAUCAUACGGAAAAAAACCCCUUGUGAGCACUCUCACUCUUUACGCGUUGAUUUGCUUUCUAUGUGAUGUGUAAUACGUCAGCAUAUGGUCGGUGUUAAUAGGCAACGGAGUGUUCACUUUUCAAAUACUUAUCUAAUUCACAACGAGUUGAGCAACCGAUCGGUCAGAGCGCCGGCUACUUUUCACGGUCAAUCGAAGGUGUUAAUGUGCGUACAAAGAUGAAUCCAACGUGUGUAAUCAUUUUUUUAUUCCAGCUCUUUGCCAUAAUGGUCGCCGUAUCGGCUACUGAUGAUGCGUUCAACAUUGAGCUUAAACAGAAGGACGCCGAAGUGUACCACGAGCAGAGCUUUGGCAGAAAUGAGUUCAAUUACGGGUAUCAGGUGGAGCGAACAAACAGUCAGUUCCAGCAUAAGGUCAAGGGUCCAGAUGAUGUAACGUACGGUUGCUACGGGUACAUCGAUCCGGAUGGUGAAAAGCACCUCGUGUAUUAUAUUGCGGAUCGGUUAGGCUACCGGCUAUUGGCACCGGAUCAACCAACAAAAGUUUUUACCGACCGUGUAGCUAACAGUGUUAAUAGGCUUGAUGCGGAUCUUCAGGGUCGUAAGCUGGACGAGAAAGUUGUCGCGUGGAACGAUCUUUACCUUCCCUCAACCUGUCGACGAUUGAAUGAGAUUGUUAGUAUUACACCACCACCAACAACAGUUAGUCCUGUUCAAUCCAGUCCAGUUAACAAUCUACAAGAUGGAGCAUUGAUUUGGGGGUCUAAUGGGCAAGGUACAGCUCUUAGACCAGGAGAUGAAAUUAAUACAGGAUCUGCUAGUGGAGAUCAGGAUAAUUUCGGGGGUGAAAGUUCUUCAGGAAUAGAUAAUCGUCCAAGUCAACCAGUUAUAGAGGUGUCGACGCAAGCGAAUAUCUCAAGUUCUGGUGGAACCGUCUCCAUUAGUUACAAUAAACCUACGGUAAACGAUGGAGAAGUAAAAUUCACAAUUGGUGAGAAAGAGAGAGACGAAGAAGCUAAACAUAAUGCAGAUGAUGAUCGUCUUCGAUCUACCACGCCUCAUUCUAUUCCUCUAACUGCUACAACUCCUCGUCGAGAUGUCAUAAGUCAUAUACCACAACAGGGACCUUCACUUGCUCCAAAACAGACGCCAUUUCCUCCACGUACUACCUACCUUCCGGUAACGACAACCUCCAGUCCGCCGAUAAUUCGUGUUCCAGAUCAACCGCAUUCCCAUCCCACCCCUUCCCAAUCGAACUGUGGCCACGAUCCAUUUGCUCCGCGUCCCAAAUAUCCCAGCUCUAUUGCACAGUUCAACGGGUUCGUGUUCCCGAUCAAUCGUAACUGUGACGAUAGUGGUCGUAACACAGCGGAGUUGCUCGCACAGAUGCAAUCGCUCAAUGAGAUGGUCCUGAAGGUGAGCAAUACACUUCACAUGUUGAUCGAAACCGACCGUACGAAUCAUACCUCUGCCAGCGACACCUGUGAACGCGUGCUGGAGCUGCUCAAUAUCCAGCAGCCAGUGCCGCUGUUGGUGUAUGUACCCAUCAUGGUGCCUUACCUUGACGUUGGCAUUAAUAGUGGUACGAAGCCAUCAGUCAACCCGGCGAGUUACGCAUUCGCCAAGACGUGCAGUGAGUGCAAAUAGAAAAAAAUGGAGUAGGAGAGCGUGUGAAGCUUAAACAGCUUGACAUUUUAUGGAGAUUUCUGUCACCGUGCAAGUUUCAUUAAUCUGGUCUGUUGAUUAUUUCAUUUCAAUUAUUCGGUUUUGGACCUAUUAUAGUAAUGUUUGUAAUUUUUAGUUGAAGAAAAUUUGGUAGCGCAUUAAUUAUAUUUAUUAGUUUUCGGAGUUUGCGUUAUCAUUAGAAACAAUUUUAGCCGUAAGGUUUAAAAAACAUAGCUAUAUGCUAUUUGUAAAUAAAAUUUCCAUUUGAGACGAACUUGUUUGAUUCUUUCAUUAUAUUUCAUUAAAAAAAUUAUUUAAAAAGACCCACCACAAAAUCUUGUAAAAAGGGUUUGUUUUAAAUAGAUCAAAGCACAAAUAGAGUUACAUACUAUCUAGAGCUUCAGUUUAACACAAAAUCAAUAGAAAAAACUAACCUUAUUCUUUGCUUUCUAGCCACAUUUUCCAUUGGCGGAUAACUCUCAAAACUCAAUUACACAUAAAAUACGAUAAAUUUCAACAUCUCUAAGAAGAUUUUCAUCCUCCGCUUUUCCUACAGAUCGGUAUGCUUGAUUUUCCAAUAACGGAAUUUUGAACUUGAUUCGUUCCAUAAAACAAUCAAGCAAUCUUUCGCUGCUUCGCACGAUGCAGACGUCUUCUCCUCCAAGCAUGAUUCACAAACCAUACCAACGAUGGAAGGUUGCCCUGUCGUUGAACGGAAACAAGUUAUAUUCUCAUUCCUUCAAUCCUUACCAAGCUCACAAUCUGCUCUCGAACCAUGAUCUAUAUUGUGAUUUUUUAUGCGUUUGCUAUAUACUCAUACAUAUCCUCACAUUCAUCCACAUCGCCCCACUAUUAAUUCAAAGAGAAGAAUUAUGAUUAAGUUCCACUAUGAUAUGAAACGAAGCAGCAGGAAAACUUUCUCUUAUCUGAUUGCUUGCCGCCAAUGAGCGCGAAACCUUCAGCACUUUUCCAUUGACGGGUACGCACAGUGGACUCGUGAUCCUGUCAACGGCUUGGAGCGGGAAAAAAUGCGCCAUGGUUUGUCUGCAAAUAGCACAUCCAUUCGGCAUCAGGACGAUCGUGCAAGUGAUGCAACUUGAAUGGAAACUUUUAAAUAGAACCACAUUCUCCACGUUCACCGGUUGCCUGUACAGAACCGUACACUAGAAGAAGUCCAUCCCUCGGGCUUACCGACCGAAGAGAUUCUUUUUCUGUUUGAGAAAAAGCGUUGAGAUGUCUGGAUGAAUCCUCCCUAGGUUUAGAAUGAGAUUUUAAUAUCCCCACCAGAAAAUGAUGGGUUGUUUAAAGCUUGUUACAUCUUUCUGGAAGGAGUUGAAAUAUCCAUUCAAAUGUUACGUGCAUAUUAAAGUGGUUACGAUACAGUACACUACAAAGAAAUCCUUUAUUUUCCGUGUAAGCUUCAUUGGAUAGCAGUGUUUUUUCGGUUGCAUGCUAAAUACUUUACUCCCAGACAUGUCAAACACAUACAUGGUGUGGGGUAUUCCAACAGUAACAAAAACAUGGGAGAAAUAUAUUUCAAUUACAGUUUAGCACCGAUUAUCCGAGUACCUUUUAUCCGGCUGUCUCAUUAUCCCUUGCAGCUUCUGAAAUGACAGCUUCAUAUCGAAUCCAGCCAUGUUUUUUGUAAUGCAUGAAAACUGAGGUGCGUGUAUACUCGUGCGUACUUUCCAAGGAACAAGACGUACACACAUGUGAACACUGUGUAUACGAGUAAUAGAUUUCUGGAAAAAAUCACUAUUGUUGAUACUAUAUUUCCAUUGGCUCAGUCUUGAGAGAAGGUUCCGGAUGUAACUCUACUUCGGUAGUGAAGCUUCGGAAAUUGAAGGAUUGUUUAACUAAGGAUCGGAAGGAUCAUCAAUAUGUAGGCGAGAAAAGCGCAGAGAAGUGAAUACUAAUAGAUUCUAAUUAUUUUGGAUACGAAUUCUAAAGCGACACAGGUAUUAUUAAAGAAACAAGAUACAAUACGGACGAUAAAUCUAAUUCAGAAUCAGAAAAAUCCUAUAGAUUUCAACUCUGCAAAAUCGUAUGCUGAUGAGUUGUUAGAAUUCAUGGGCAGCAAGGACAGCUACUUAAAUGUAGGAAAAAUAAGAGCAAAUAUUAAAAUGUAUUAUAAAAACACAUACCUGUCAACCAAACCUUGUAUCCGUGUUGUUCUAUUAUCCGGCCACCAUUGAGUCCCAACAAUGCCGGACAAUCGGCGCUCCACUGUACUUUAAUUUUCUACAACAAUCUCAUUCAAUGAGCGUGCCACCGAAAAUGUUUGACACCGCUGCCAUUUACUCGCCCAGACCCAUUGUAAAAUUUCAGUUAGUAACGCUUCUUUAAGCAACUCCAAAAAAGCAGUCAACAAAAGCUCACCACAAGCUUCCUCACCCUUUACCGCAUACGAAUUCUUUUCCAUUGCACUUCUACAUCGGACACUCAAUCUUGUGCUCAUGCAACGGGGCACAGCUGCAUCGAAUGCAGUGUGCAAUUUUCUUCCGGACCCUUCGCUCUCAAAAGCGAACACGCCCGUCACGCGCCGUCAUACACAAAUGAAAAGUUUUCACAUCUUUUAAUAAACUUUUAAAAGUAACAUCUGCACGCUUCGGCUGCUUCUACCGUAAAUAUGUUGCUAUCUCGGAGUUGGAUUAUACAUAGUGGUGCUUGGGUGAGAAUUGCGGCAAGUUGUCCACCCCUCGCUCACACUCGAUGGCGAACGAUGAAAGCUUCUCACAGCUCACAGCUAAGACGUCGACACCGUGGAACAAUUUUCUGCCCAAGAGUUCACUGACAGCUGGAAAAAUAAGACAUUUCCCUUGCAACAUAGACCAAACGCGGUUCAGAUGCAAAUGUAUCACACGUUUGCGGAAGGAAGAGGAUUAAGUUCUGGGAAACUCAAAUUUUGCUUCCCUGCAACAGAGGAGCUGAACAGCGGGUAGAGGAUGAAUACUUUCUAAAACUACCACGGAACAUACCACCUAGAGUGCACAUACACGGGGAACGAUAGAGCACAAAACCCCAAAACACCUCCCAAAAACGGAUUAUAAUGAAGAAAUGUAGAUUUUCUAUAUCGUGUUUUAAUUAUCACCUGUCUGCCUGUCUGCCUGCACGCUACCAUGCAUGCAAAGAUUUUUGGAUUUUACAUUCAUUUGGGGAGUGUUUAAAAUUUUAUUAGCAUACAAUUUCGCACACACGACCGUUUCGGGAUUUUUGCGGUUAUUUUUCCUCCCUUGUUGCGUGUACGUCCAUGAACACUGCUCAUUAAUAUUCGCUUAUGAUGUCAACAAAAGGGGAAGGCGAAGGAUGAAUUAUAUUUGUGCAACAGUACGUUGUUCGUACGAUUAGUGUAUUUGCAGAUUUGCCAUUUAACACCCCCUACACAGCGUGUCUAUUUUGGGAAUACAAUUUGUCUGCAUCGUGCACGGGCUCUAAACGACUGGCUCUGAACGGUUGGCUUCCGUCGAAAACUUAAACGCUAUGAUUGAUUGUGUAAUACUAAUAAUAUGUUACAUGGUGUUAAACCGAGUGUUUGAUUCAGUGCAAGUUAGUUUAAUGUUUUAUUGAUAUUUUUUAUGACAGAUUGACGGUCUGGCUGUACAGAUAGUUAUUAUUUUUUGUCUAUUCAUGAAGGCAUUUUUCCUAAUAUUAUAAGCCCGAGAUUUACAGCACAGAAACCAUCAGGGAUCUUAUGAACAUUAUUUCUGCAACAUUUAAUACUAGUAAAUACUAUCGCCUUCCUCAUUAAAUUCUGUUAAACAAUGUUGUCUAUCAUACUGUAUGAUAUUCGGUCACAUGUGAAUUUGCAAAGCUUUUUAACAUCAUGCAAAGUUUGUCUUUGCUGAAGAUUUUGUUGGCAUUAUACAACAUAAAAUCUUAUUCAUCCACCUCCAAAGACCACCUUACGCAACGAAAGUGAAUGUUAUUUUAUACCAUUCUCCUUCCCCUCACCUUCCCCACAACGACCAAGCAUCACCUUCCCCAAAACAAUAAAAAACCUCCAACGAUAAAGUUUUCAAUUCUCAGCCACCAAUCACUUCAUUUACAAAUUUCUCUUCCAUUAUGAUGCCUGAUGUGAAGUAAAGCAUUAAGUUCAAAAGCAAAAGUUUCCACAUGUGUGUUUAUUCCCAGACGAAUCCCCAAGCAUUAGCUUUCUGUCCCAAAAGCUAAACCAUUCCUGUCCCUUUCGCUUGCGUUCCAUUUCUUCACUCGACGGAAAGCUUCUCGGAGAUGAUGAAACCAGAGAAUAACAAGAAAAAUGGUCAAAACAAAACAUGCUUUGUGAACCAUCACCACAUUCAAAAAAGUCUCUAUUCGCUGCCAUUUUCCGCUACAUGCAAAGUGUCGCUCCAUCCGAAUGGUGGCAGCACUUUUCCUUCGAUUGGCUAAUGUGAAACUGAGGAUGAGAAAAAAGAAAAUCGAGUAGGAAAAGGAAUAAAAACAAAGUGAUGAUAAAAGGGCGGCUCUUUAGACGCGGUCCUCCAGUUUGGUCAUCAUCAUCACCGUCAUAGUGUUCUACAAGGUUCAUCAACUUUUUUGGUAUUGUAUGAAAAGCGAACUUUAGUCGUGCCAUUCGGCAGAACAGGGACACAUUGGAACGGGUCGAAAGUUUUAACUACUUUUGAGCACUGGUCAAACUUUGGUUGAGCAAUUUGUAGCUGACUGUGCAACUGAGAGACACUCUUGAUGUGGAGUGUUUUUGAACCUUGAAGAGUGAGAAAGCGAUAAAAGACCAGUCAUUGUCGGUUCAUUAUCAAACGCCAACUACGGUUGGCAAGUUGCUAGUUACUUUGGAUCGCUUAUGUUUUAGGAUCGAACCACCUUGUCGUUCGUUCGAAAACGAU